AUGGCCGCUGCCACACAAGAUGCCGCUUUUACAGCCGAUCCAUUACUCUAUCGAAUACCGGAGUUUCCUUCAGUGAUUCCUAUCACACCCGGACCAACAAUGAGUCCUUGUGAAUCCGACGGUAUCGCUGCUUGGAUCACCAUCAGUGGUGCUCCGUUUCCUGCUAUGGUUCUGGGAGGUGAACCGCGUGUGCCUAUUCAUCUUUUACUAAGUCGAGUGCUAUUUACACAAGGUGUUAGCGAGAUUCAAGCUAUGAUGGAUGACUUAAAUAUUCACAAGUCGAUCGCUACUAAUGAACAAGCCGAACGGUUGCGCAAAAUGGACGCCGAAGUGUCAGCCACUCAGGACUUGUCCAAUUUGAACUUAGUGACACGGUCCGAUGCGGAGCGAAUAUGUGGUAUUGUGCGAAUCGAGAGUACCCCUUCUACAAAUGAGCCUGUCGCGUAUGUUUCUUAUUUGUUGACAAUUUUCUCGUCUCUAUGGUUGCGU